AUGGUCUUUGAGAUGUUCUGGGCUCUCCUUCCUGCACACUGGCAGUCCUCUCUUUCUGGCAUCUGCGUCCUGGUGCUUCCCCUGUACUUGCUGAGCUUUCUGGGCCUGUGGAGCUGGAUCUGCAAAAAAUGCUUCCUCUACUUCUUGGUGAGGUCCAGUGAGAUGUACAACAAACACAUAGCCAGCAAGAAGCACAAGCUCUUCAGCAACCUGCGGGACUUCGCUGGCCCCUCCGGGAAGCUCUCUCUGCUGGAGUUGGACUGUGGCACGGGGGCCAACUUCAAGUUCUAUCCGCCUGGAUGCAUGGUGACCUGUGUUUACCCCAAUCCCAACUUUGAGAAGUUCUUGAUCAAGAGCAUUGCUGAGAAUCGACACUUGCAGUUCAAGCGCUUCGUGGUGGCCGCCGGGGAGAACAUGCACCAGGUGACCAACAGCUCCAUGGACACAGUGGUCUGCACCCUGGUCCCGUGCUCCGUGGAGAGCCAGGAGCAGAUCCUCCAGGAGGGGUGCAGAGUGCGGAGGGGUCAAGAAGACCCAGGCCAUUCCUCUGCUCUGGUGGCUUCCAACCUGGGGUCCAAUUUCCUGAAGAUGGGAACAGUGCGUCCCCCAUAG